AACAGCGGGACCAGGAGCAGUAACAGCAGCAGGACCAGGAGCAGUAACAGCAGGACCAGGAGCAGUAACAGCAGCAGGACCAGGAGCAGUAACAGCAGCAGGACCAGGAGCAGUAACAGCGGGACCAGGAGCAGUAACAGCAGGACCAGGAGCAGUAACAGCAGCAGGACCAGGAGCAGUAACAGCAGGACCAGGACCAGGAGCAGUAACAGCAGGACCAGGAGCAGUAACAGCAGAACCAGGAGCAGUAACAGCAGCAGGACCAGGAGCAGUAACAGCAGGACCAGGAGCAGUAGGAGCAGUAACAGCAGGGCCAGGAGCAGUAACAGCAGCAGGACCAGGAGCAGUAACAGCGGGGCCAGGAGCAGUAAC